UUGUCCUCGUACAAUUCAAUCUACUGCCAGAGAUCCAAACGGGCUCUUUUAUUAGUGUAUGGCCGUGCCCCCAUCCCGAUGGCAGUUGUGCGCAGGGAGCUGUCCUGUGAGUCCUACCCCAUCGAACUGCGCUGCCCGGGCACAGAUGUCAUCAUGAUCGAGAGCGCCAACUACGGCCGCACGGAUGACAAGAUCUGCGACUCGGACCCGGCCCAGAUGGAGAACACCCGAUGCUACCUGCCAGACGCGUACAAGAUCAUGUCGCUCAGAACCUCCGUAUAUCCACAUGUCCAAGUCGGCCCCUGUCACCACGGCUCUGCUAACCCCAGCUAUCAUGCUCCACCGAGCAGCAAAGCUGCCCGGCUGCCCGGGAAAGGCCGGAAUCUGACCCAGACACCACGCGCUUUCCCCCCCGUCUACCCAGCCGCCCGCCGAGCGUGA